UGUGUGUGUGUGUGUGUGUGCGCGCGCGCGCGCGAGCCAGCCAGUGUGUGUGAGAGAGACGCAGAGUAAGAUCGGACAAGCGAGCGGACUUGACAUACAAGAGAAGCAAGCAGCGAAGUAGUUGAGAAGUGAUCAUGGAGAGGAUGAUAUCAGGACGCGUGUGGCUCGCUUGCGUUUCUCUUUUCUUCACACUGCAAGUGUGUCUGGCUUCAGUGUCAGUGAAGGUGACUCCUACAGUGGAUGUGAUUAUAGGAGAAACUGCCCGGCUGCCCUGCUCCUACUCCACCACUGGGGCCAUGGCCGUGGUCCAGUGGUUCAUUGAGUCUGCAGGCACACGGAAGCGUGUAGCUUUCAGGUCAUCCACAGGUGUCGGCCUUGAUAAAGAUACACCGUUAACAGACCGUGUCACCAUGGAAACUGACAUGACCCUAGUCAUCUCUCCAGUAAAGGUGAUGGAUGAGAGGAGCUUCUUCUGCCAGGUGGACGGAGGACCUGUGGGUACCUCAGAGGCUGAGACCAAACUCAUGGUGUUCUUUGCUCCGGAAAAGCCAGUGGUGUCUGAAAAUACCCAAAUCAUUCCUUUAACCCCAAAUAACCCAGUUGCACAUAAGGUGGGCAAAUGCACCAGCAACAAUGGUCACCCUGAGCCUCGGAUCAUCUGGUUUAAAGACUCCAAACCUCUGCCAGAAGUGACCGAUCCUAAAGAGAAGAUAUACAUGGUCCCGAGUGUGGUGAAGGAGUCCUCAGGUCUCUUCACGGUCACAAGCACUCUGUACAUCCAACCCGAGAAGAUCGAUGCCAAGUCAGUGUUCCACUGCACCGCGGAGUACAGCAUGCCGAACGGGGAUAUCAAAAAGGAGAACUCGGAACCGUUCAACCUCACGCUGCUCUACCCAGCAGAGAACGUGUUCUUCAAAUUGUUGAACACGUCACAGAUCAAAGAGGGAGAUGAUGUUCAGAUGAAAUGUGAGACGGAUGGGAACCCUCAGCCUCAGUUCGAGUUCACCAAAGAUGGAAGGACACUAGCAAGUGGGACGGGAUUGUUUAUUCUGCGCAAUGUCACUCGCAGUGACUCUGGUACCUACACGUGUGAAGCACAGGACUUUGAUGCAGAUAACGUUGAACUGACCAAGACCCUCACCAUCACUGUGCACCAUCUGGACCCAGUAUCUGUGGUGCCAGCCAGCCCUUUGAUGAUUAAAAAAGGUGAUCAGGCUGAGCUUCAGUGCAAGACCAGGUCUUCUGAUGAGUACACCCUUUCAUGGAUGAAGGAUGGUAAGCAGCUGCUUCAGAAAGGUGUCCUGACUCUGCUGUCCGCAAAUCUGGGCGAUGCUGGCGAGUAUGUGUGUGUUGCAUUAGUCCCCUCAGUGCCGGGCCUGAGGAAGCAAGCUAAUAUCACAGUAAUUGUCUCAGGUUCACCUGAGAUUGGUGAGCCCAUGCCAGGGAAGGUUGAAAAGCAGGGUAGUAUGGUCACUCUGAGGUGUUCUGCUCAAGGCUAUCCUGCUCCCCAGUUCGUCUGGAAACCCUCUGGCAAAGUGUCAUUAGAUGUAAAUGGAAAUACUUUCACCAGCACAGUCACCCUGGAGGCCACAGCUGCCGUUAUCAAAGAUGGCGUCACUUGUGAGGUAACCAAUAUGCACGGUGCAGACAGCAAGAAGAUCAUGGUCGAAAUCCAGUCAGACAACACCGUCGAACAAGAUAACGGUGUAAAAGGAAGCCCAGUGUUUGCAACAGCAGACACUCAGCAGGGUGGCUCUAAAGGAGUGGUGGCCGCUGUGUUGGUGUGUGUCCUGCUCCUGCUCCUGCUGGUGGCUGCUCUUUAUUUCCUCAGUAAGAGGGGAAGGAUGGCCUGUCGCAAGAAGGAGGUGAAGGAAGUUGCGCCCGGGGAGGAGAUGAAAUCCGGCAAGAAUGAGGAGUCAGGGCUGCUUAAUAAACCCCCUGUAGAGCCGUGAUAUGAGAGAAGAAUAUGGAGGAAGACAAAUCAUCUGAGGAAUUGAAGCAGGGGUGCUUGUGUUUUUUUUUUUUCCUGAGUGAGGCUCCAACCUGAAGCAGAGGAGCAGAUAUAUCUGAGCUGUAAAUUUUGUUUAGGGUCGGGUUGGGGGAGGCAGAUGGGGUUAGAAUCUGUGGGUUGGGUUUGACAUAGUGGUUGGGGUUAAGGACAGUGGGUUUGAACAACUUUUGUAAAAGUGGUCUUCUUUUAUUUUUUAUGCGGGUGGGGUAAAUUUAAAACUUUGGGGUUUUUGUUUUGCUAAAGUGAGAAACCAGUCAUGCAAAUCAUUGCCCACUCAUCAUGACUCUGCAAACUAGCUGUGGAAAAGAAAGCAUCGCAGACUCAAUCCAGCACCGGACAUGCUGCCAAAUUUCUUUUCUAUCCCAGAAUCCAGAUCUUUUAAUUAAAUCACUGUGCCACUGGAUUGAUCUUUACCCUCUUUUCAACUUAGUCUGCAUUAGACACUGCACUUACUGUCUGUUCUUUCUCAACUCUUCCCACUAUAAGUGCACUGACACCUGCUGACCAUCUUUUAAAAACACUGCUCAUAAGCAUACACUCUGUCCUGUACAAAUUGCCUGACCAUGGACUUGCAUGCUACUGAAAACAGCCUGUCAUUUUCCCUACGUUGUAUGCAUAGCCAAAUGUUUGCUUUUUAAUAUAUAUAUAUAUAUAUAUAUAUAUAUAUAUAUAUAUAUAUAUAUAUAUAUAUAUAUAUAUAUAUAUAUAAUAUAUUUGUAUUACAUUGUAGCUUCCUAUAAAGCACUACCAAUCUAUUUGUAAAGUUUGAACAAACCAAAUGCUUGGAGGUGCCAUGGGGCAAGAGAUUAGAAAGCGAGAAAUUCAAGUUCAUGCCACUGAUUGCUCUGAGAUGUACAGGUCAAAACAAUAAGUGUUAAAAAUAUUGUUUGUUUUUUAAACCUGGUGUCCUUGCAAAAUGCCUUUCUUUCUUUCUUUCUUUCUUUCUUUCUUUCUUUCUUUCUUUCUUUCUUUCUUUCUUUCUUUCUUUCUUUCUUUCCUUCCUUCCUUCCUUCCUUCCUUCCUUCCUUCCUGAAUCUGGAUGACUCAGUACAACCUGGUCAUAUUCAAAUUUUGUGUUCAUUUGAGUAAUUUAAAAGGAUGUGGAGAGAAAUAUAGCAGUCUUCUCUAACCACAUAAUUAGACUUUAAAGCUGGGUUACAUGUACUUUAGUCCAUGGAACUUGUCAAGACGCUGCACCCAUGCACAGUAUUACGAUUAAGACACCCUGUUGUUUCUGUUGGGUGUUAGCCAUAUUAUUUGUAAUUGAAAAAAAAAUAAGUAGUAAAACAUGAAUUUUCCCCAGAUGUAAAACUGCAAAUGGACCUAAAAUUAAGUUACAAAGCACGAGUGCUGCUACAGACCAUGUCCCAAACCACGUUUACGUCUACUGAUUCUCAUCACUCCAUGUGCCUUUUCUCAGACCUUCUUUAUUUGUGUUUAGAUGACCGUGUCUAUUUAAAUGUCUCCAGCCUCUCACCUAGCUCUAGUUUCAUGGCCCUGUACAAGUAAGGUGAAAAUAAGUAGAAAAGAGUCUCAUCAAUGAGAGUAGAUAUGGAAAUGUUAGGAUUAUGGCCACACAUGGUUUAGUUUUAUUUCUUUUUUGAAACCAAAAAAAUAUAUAAAAGAUUGUAGAGGUGUUGAAUUCUCUGUCAUAUUAGGAGGCUUCAUUCCCCAAAGCUCGACCUGUGUCACUGCUGUUACGUCUGUUCUAUAUUCUUUGAAUGUGAUUAUGUGAAAAUGUCUCUCUCUCACACACACAUACACACACACACACACACACACAAAAAAAAAAAAAAAACAAACAAACAAAAAAAACUAUGUGCUUCUUUCCCACAGGCUCUAGCAAAGCAUUUUAAAGUAAUUAUGUAUGCUCUAACUGAUAUUACAUGUGAGUUAACAGUAAUUGAAUAAGGCUGGUUAGGGAAGUGUGUUUAUACUAUGUUUAUACUAUGUGGAGACUUUGAUUUGAAUAAGAGCUAACUACUAAGUUGUGCAUGUACAUAUUACGGUGGUUUGUAUGUAUUGUAUGUGCUUUCACUAGCUACACACACACUCAAUGCUUUUCUGAAUAUGGGGUUAUAAGAUUUUUCCAGACACUGGUGCCCAUGUUAAUUACAUUUAAAAAUGUUGCUAUACAACAAGCUGAUGUUAUUUUUUAUAUUUAAAUUAGUCUUUUUUCCCAGCUAGAACUUCAUGCCAAUUUAUCACUGAGAUGUGGUCGUGCAUUGUAGCCAUUUUUAUAUAUAUAUAUAUAUAUAUAUAUAUAUAUAUAUAUAUAUAUAUAUAUAUAUAUAUAUAUAUAUAUAUAUAGUGAAAACAGCAUAUUUGUGCAAGUUCUUUUUUCUUCUUCUUUUUUAAAAAGAAACCAUGACAUGUGUUUAAACUACUGAAUUGCUUCUAUUUUAUAUCUGUCAUGUUCACUGGUCUUGCAGGUCAGGUUUAGAUUUCUUGUCAUGAAUGAUAAAGCAUUGUGACGGCUUUUCUCUUUUCUUAUGUAUAUUUUGUGGUAUUAGUUGUGAGCUUUGUAGCCUGUUUUCCCCUUUUGUGGAGCUGUGUAGAAUUUAUACUGACAAAAAAAAAAAUUCCCCACA